CUACACACCCAAAACCCUUGGUUCCUCUCCUCUGUGCCCUUAAACCCCACUUGCCCACACUAACAAACACACAUAAAGCAAAGCCCUCUCUGUAAACUACUGGAUGGAGGAACGAAGCUCGGCCUCUGAAGAUCAAGUUAUGGUAGAUGGUGAUGAUAACAGCGAGGUUGAAGGAGAAGAGGUUCCAACGUUUGAAGUGAAAGUGACCCAUGAAGCUAAACUUAGAGAACUAUUGCAUAAGAUCAAUUCCAUGGAGAUAAAGUUAUGUUCGGAUGGUGUGAAGGAGUUCAUUAAGUUACUGAAAGGUAACACUGGACGUGAAUUGCUCUAUCUAUAUGUAAGGAGUUCUUCCAAGUUCUCGGAGCUUCUAGAUGCUUGGAAGCUUCGACGCGGGAAACCUGGAUUGUCAUAUGUAUUGUCAUUGGUUUCUACUAUUCUGGGUCAUCCUUAUGGGAUGUAUAAUCCGAAGAUUGUGGAGAGAAUAUCUAUUAGCAGGGUUCUCGACAAGUUUGCAAAAUUGCUUAUUGAAGAAUACAUGACCGAUGUUUAUAAGGAACUCAAUAGUAAAGAAGUGAAGUGCCAAAAGGCUGCUCUUUUGCUAAUGGCUUCAAUUGUUCGGCGAGGGUCGGGAUUGGCUUCUGAGUUUGCAAAGAAAUUUGACUUCAAACUCAAGGUGUUUUCCAAGCUUGCUGAAUAUAAAAAGAACCAAAAUGAGAAGAGAAUGAAGCGCUCAUUAAGGAAGGCAUUUGUUGGCUUUUCUAUGUCAUUUUUGGAGGUGGGAAGGCCUGGAUUGUUGAGGUGGGUCCUGCAGCAGAAGGAAAUGUAUUCUGCUGUCCUUCGUGGGCUUGGGAAUGAUGAUGACGAGACUGUUAUUUAUGUUUUGUCCACAUUACGUGAUAGGAUUCUUGUGGAAGAGUCCUUGGUGCCUCCAGGUCUUAGAAGUGUUCUCUUUGGGAGUGUUACUUUGGAACAAUUAGUCAGCAUUUCCGGUAGAGAGAAUGGUGGGCCUGCUGCAGAGUUGUCUUACCGUAUACUAGUCCUCGUUUGCACUGAUCCUUGUAAUGGUUUGAUGCCAGAUUUGAAGAGGCGCCCAAGUCCAUUGAAGGGUAAUCCAACACGACUUGUUGGACUCAUGAAGAAGCUAAAAGCGACUGAGAUUGGCUAUCACAGAGACUUGCUUUUGGCUAUUGUUAGUGGGAGUCCCUCUUUUGGUUCAGCAUACAUGGAAGACUUCCCUUACAACCUGGAGGAUUUUGCAUCACCAACCUGGUUUGCUACAGUUUCUCUGGCAGCAAACUUGGUUUCCUCAGUAGGCACUGGCUGUCAUUUUGAUUUCCUUGAUUCUCAGUGUCAUCCCGGUUCGUUUGAUAACGAGGAUGUGCAGAGUAUCUUGAAAUGCUUGUUUCCCCGUCCAUUCAGCCGGUCAGUAAUCAAUAAGGGGUUGCUUCACUCGGAUUUUCUUGUGAAGCAUGGAAUUCUAAGGCUUCUUUUGGAGGCACUGAAGUUGCUGGACUCCUUCGUUGGUGCUUUGAAUCAUAGUUCGUGUUUGAGCGAUCAAAUGAUGCAAGGCUGGGCAUCUCUUAGGCAAGAAAUUCAGAAUGAAGUCCGAACUUCACUCCCUGAUCCCCAAGUUUUACUGACUCUUCUUUCUUCUCUGACACGCCACUCCACUCGUGAGUCAUGUUUGAAGCGAACAGCAGAUUUGGAAAAUUUUACUGAACGUAGCAGUAAUAAUGUAAAAAAGUUGAAAGUUAAUUUUGUGAAUGAGGACACAGAUAUUGUUGUAAGUGGAAUAAGUUCUGCUCCAGACUUUGCUUCGCCUGCAGAUAGUGAAAGACCUGUUGGUUCACUUGCAGCAGAUGAGACUGACGAUGGUAAGGAUCUUAUGGGUGUCAUUGCAGAAAUUUGGGGUUUAGAGUUACACUCGGUGCCUCUUAUCACACUAAAGGAUACUGAGAUGUUCUUUCAAACUAAGCUGCUUGAUGCUCUCAAAAUUUAUAUUCGGACAAUACCUAAUGUGUUGGAGGGAUCAUUUGAGUUCUUUAUAAAUCUCCUCACAAAUCCUUUAGCAUUACCAACCAGCACGCAGUGCUGUCUCUUGUCUUUGCUAAUAGAGUAUGUUGGAUUCUCUCCAAGCAGUGGGAUUCCCAUUAGAACCCCUCCAUUGAUGUACAGGCAUCUACAGCCAUUCAUUAACUUGUUGAUUUUUUCACCAACCAGUGACAUUAAGGAUCUGUCAUAUAGUUUGGCACAGGCAGCAAUGUUUAGUACUGGUGCAUUUGACAGAAACCUAGACGAAAUUGGAGCAUGGUUCUUAUUUUUACCGGGCUAUAACAGAGUAAAGACGCCUGCUAAGGUCCUAGGGGUGGAACUGUUGCACAGCUUGUCUCAAGUUGUUAUCUCAUUUUUAUGUGAUGCCAUAUCUACUAUCGGGAAUAAUUUAUUCAAAUAUUGGGAUAUUGUCAAGCAUUACACAUACCAUUUGAAAGGUGUUAAAGAUGUGUCACCUAGUUUCAGCCCUCUCGUCGUGUGUGUCUUGCAGAAGUGUCUAAGGUUGCUAACUUCUGAAUCUGGAAGCUUUACAUUGCCCGAGAAGUCAAUCAUAUCAUUAUAUGUAUGCAAUACCCUAAAAUUUCUCUUGCAAACCCAGGUAGAUGCAGGAUUGUUAUCUGCUCUGGUUGAACUAGUCAUGUCUGAGAAACUUGGUGACCGUUGCUGUGUUGUUGAUGAUUCUGGGGAUUUCUUCUGUGAGUGGAGACCAUUGAAGAACUUAUUGAUAUUCUCACAGAGCAUUUCACAUCAACAAACUUCUUGCAUUUUUUCUACAGAUAAAACGGCUAUGCCUGUUGAUAGUUCUUUUGCAAGUAUAAUUGAUGAAGUUAACAGAUUUGUAAGGAGUGGGGAUGAUGGUGGAAAUAUAGCUGGCAUAACCCAAUCAUUUUCUUCCUCAAUUGUUUGUACAUCGUCUGAUGGGAUAUUGAAAAAUUUUCCAUCAGUUAUGACCAUUUCACGCAACCUUCUUGGAGUUCCUAUGCCAAUCUUAUCAUCGGUAUUCUUUCUUGAACAAGGCCUUCUUACCAGUGUUUCUAAGUUAUGGCCUGACAUGUUCUUUCCUGGUUUGGAAAUGGCUCUAUCUAUUAUUCAUUGUGAAGACAAAGAAGAUGAUGCCAGAGAAAAUUCUGGUCGUUCUUUGGAUUCUCAGGUAAUGAUUUAUAAUGGAGAUUUUGGUGCAGAUGAAUGUGUUGCUGCAUUUACUUUCUUUUUGAAGCAGGCACCUUUCCAUGUGCUAUUUCCUGCAAUUAUGAACAUUGAUGGUCCUUACUCAUUGGAGCCCAUGAAAAUACAAGACCUGCUUCUGACUAAAUUAUCUUACUCAACAGCUGAUGACCACCGUAUUUCUUAUCUGCGACUUGUGCUAUUUUGGAUCCACCAGAUACAGUCAUCUUAUAAAAUUAAACCAGUAGUCAAACUCCAACAACUUGCGGAGAUUUGCUUUAAUCUCGUAGAGAACUUGUUAGCUCAACUAUUGGUUUUGAAAACUGAUUCUGAUUGUUCCAGAAAUUCUGUGGUUCCUUUGUCAAGACAAGAUAUUAAAGAAGUGGCUGAAUCCAUCUUCUGUCAUCCUGCAGUGCUAGCGUCAUUAUGCUGUCCUUUGGAUUGUAAAGAAGACUUGGCGAAUAUGAACAUGGUGGACAGUUUGGAUAUGUUGAUUAGUUUAUCCAGGCAGAGAGUUCAUAAAUUGGAUCAUCAUGUCUUGAAUAUAUUGAGAGGAACUUCUGAGUACUUGUUGACUCUAUGCAAUGGUCAAGAUUCUGUACCCAAAGUUGAAAAAAAUGCUAAUAAGCAACUUGUGAGGGCUUUUAAAGUCCCCGUGCAGAAGCUUAUUCUGGAAGCCAGGGACAAGUUUGAUCUGAGCAUUGGUACUAAAGAUCUGAUGCCCCUCCUCCCAACGUUUUAUGCUUUACAUGCUCUGAUACGUUUUAUAUCCCCUUUUGAGCUUCUUGAAUUAGUGCAAUGGAUGUUUAAUAGGAUUGACAUGGAAGACUUUACAGUUUGGAAAAAUUCCAAGAUAUCUGCUCUCUCUGUUGGAUUUUGUAUUGCUGCUGGUGCUUUCAAAACCUUGUCUAGUUAUUUGGAGCAGCCAGUUACAAGGAGAGUACCAUACAAUCUAUUAUGGGAAAUAGAAGAAGAAAAUAUCAAUGUUGGCAUAAUUGAGGAGAUCUACAUUAAAGUGGUAAAUUUUGCCUUGCGUUUUGAACCAGAUUUUGCAGAUAUAUGCUUGCUGGAAGCUGUUAAUACUGGUUACAGACAGAAAUACAAUGAACAACCUAGUAUUCAUCCAUUAAGUUUGGUACUGUCGAGGGUUUUAUCGAUCACUCCUGUGGAAUUGCUUUCCCAUUGCAUUUACAGGACAAACAAGACAAAAGCUAAGUUAUUGUUUCUUCUUACUGAGAGAAGCUCCCUACAUUUGUCAAUCUUUGGGCACUUAUUUUUGGAUAUCCUGAAGAAAGAUUUUCCUCACAAGGACAAUGUGAUGGUGGAAAGCUGUGGCCUUGCCCUUUCUGAUGAGGACUUCAUGAUGCUUCUGCCUGCUGCUUUGUCAUACCUGAAAUCAAUGUUUAUGAAAUUUGGAAAUCAGUCUCAUAGGCAUUUUGAAGACAUAUCUUCUUUAUAUUCAAGGAUUCUUUUGAAUGGUUUCCUUCACUGGAAGAGCUUUGUCUCUGGGAAUAUAUUUGAGGAGGAAUAUGGCGAGUUCUUGCCAUCAUCUACCCAAGAACUUCUGAGUCUUGUGGAUGGUACUCUUCUUGGAAAAUCUAUUCAUAUGUUGCAGUAUCACUUUGCCUUCAGUGGAGUUUCAAUGAAAAUGAAGAAACGAUUGAAACUAUUUGAUAAAAUUUUCCCACGUUCUAAUGCACAUGUUGAGCUGUUAGACUGUGAUGUUGGUGGGAUGGAUUCUUAUUCACUUAACCAGUCAUUAAACCAUAUAAACAGAGUUGUUGCAAAGAUAUCUUUUUGCAGGAUUUUAUUAUUUAUGGAAAAUAAUCAGAUUAUGCCUCUGCCAAAAGAAACAAAGGGGGACUUGAAGGAAGUUUCUUUAGAAAUAGGAUCAAAUUCAGACUCAUCAAGGAUGCGGUUUAUGAAUAUCUUGGUGAGCAUUUGGCAAUGGAUUAUUAAGAAAUUACCGUUAGUUUCUGAUAGUUCUGCAAAGGAAAAGAGAAUAAACAGUUCUACCCUCUACAAACACUUGGGAGUCUUCAUUUUGAAAAGUAUUUUUGAACUAACUGCAGAGAUGCAUGAUGGCCUAGUCCAAUUGCAAUCUGUUCCCUUCCUUGAGGAUUUGAUGAGGUCGGUUCUUCUAUAUAGAUUUGAGGAUCCCACAACUCUGAAAGCACUCCGACGUAUCCUAACUUUGCUGUGUGAUGGGAAAUUUUCACGUGUCCCAUAUAUUCAGCUGCUGGUUGCCCACUCUCAGUUUGCCCCUACAAUUCAUUCAGUCUCCAAAUCAUCUGGUUGUCCUCCUAUUGGUGCAUUUUCAAGGCCUAUGUCCAGCAUUCUGAGAUCACUUAUCCCUUAUACUAAACAAAAUGCAGUUAGUGGCAAAAGUGAGGUGGAAACAACUAAGACGUAUGCGAGACAGUUGGAAGUUAUUAAAUUACUCUGCAUACUCUUUCCAGUAAAGGCUCAUCAAUCUGGUUUUGAUUCUGGAAAAGAUUUUGGCAUAAAUUUUAAAGAGUUGCAUUUACUUCUAUUGUCUUCUUAUGGUGCAACACACAGUGAAGUUGACUUGGAGAUAUAUAGUCUGAUGAACAAAAUUGAGUCUCUGGAUGGAUCAGGUGUUGUGAAUAUUGCUGAAAUGGAUUACCUAUGGGGAAGUGCUGCUUUAAAUGUCAAAAAAGAACGGGCUGUGGAGCAGGAUAUAUCUUCGGGUAUCAUGACUGAUACUGAAACAAUUGAAGAACGUCGGAAAAAUCAAUUUAGAGAAAACCUUUCAAUUGACCCCAAAAUAUGUGCAUCAACAGUGCUAUAUUUUCCCUAUGAUGCAAUUGCAUGUGGUGAACCAUUGUCCUUCAACAAGGUUCAAUCUGAUUAUACCAGGGAUAUGCUUGAGGCACAUUCUGCUGUUGUUGCAAAUAUAGAUCGUUAUGAUCCUGUUUUCAUAUUGCGCUUCUCGAUUCAUAGUCUGUCAUUGGGCUAUAUUGAACCUGUGGAGUUUGCUAGUUUAGGCUUGCUUGCAGUUGCAUUUGUUAGCAUGUCUUCAUCAGAUGACAGGAUAAGAAAAUUGGGUUACGAGACUCUUGGAUUAUUUAAGCAUGCAUUGGAGAAGUGUCAAAAGAGGAAGGAUGUAAUGCAACUCCGGCUUCUAAUGAACUAUGUGCAAAAUGGUGUAGAAGAGCCAUGGCAGAAAAUCCCCUCUGUUAUUUCUCUUUUUGCUGCAGAAGCAUCUUUUAUAUUGUUGGAUCCUUCGCAUGAUCACUACACAACCAUAAGUAAGCUUUUGAUGCAGUCUUCGAGGGUAAAUAUGAAGGGAAUACCAUUUUUUCAUAAUUUUUUCUGGAGUAGUGCUGUUAAUUUUAAAGCAGAAAGGUUGUGGAUACUUCGCCUACUGUAUGCAGGGUUGAACUUAGAUGAUGAUACCCAAAUAUACAUCAGAAACUCUAUCUUUGAGACAAUACUGAGUUUUUAUGUCUCUCCUCUUUCAGAUAAUGAUUCAAAGGAACUGAUUCUUCAGUUAGUGAAGAAGUCUGUCAAAUUGCCAAAGAUGGCUCGUUAUCUAGCUGAACACUGUGGCCUCUUUCCAUGUUUAUCGUCUAUUCUCUCAUUCUCCAGUAGAAGGCUCUUCAGAGAUGAAAAAAGUUUUUCUUUAAUGCAAUUGCUUGUGGUAUUAGAGGUUGUCAAUGAUGUUAUUUCAUCUAGAAACAUUACUGAGUGGUUGCAAAAAUUCGCCCUGGAGCAGCUUAUGGAACUUUCUUCGCAUCUAUACAAAAUCUUCUUUGGUGAUGUGACACUCAUAAAGGAAAAUGUGGCAUUGGUUAAUCCAUUUCUGCAAAUAAUGAUAGCAACGUUGAAGAUAUCACAGAAAAGGAAAAUAUACCAGCCACAUUUUACUCUGUCAGUUGAGGGUUUAUAUCAAAUAUAUCAGGCUGUUAAUGUAUAUAAUUAUGCCGGCUCUUGCCCUUGUGCAGAGGAUGCACUCAAAGCUGUACUCAUGGGUACACCUCCAGCAGCUCUUUUCCACAUGAAUCGAGACAGGCUUUCAAGUUUUGUUAUGUGGGCAAUUUCCACUGCUUUGAAAUCAGACUCUGCACAAAUGCUUCAGUUCAAAGAAUCUCAUCCUCGUUUCACUGUUUCUUUAGAGGAAGAGAUCUAUGAGGAUUCUUUGAUAUCAAAACUUUUACGUUGGCUAAGUGCUGCUGUAAUUCUUGGGAAGCUUUCUUGGAAAUCUAAUGAUUUGGGCCCUGAAUUUUCAAAUCGAUUAAAACUAGGAACUCUGCAAUCUUUAUUAGAUCUUGUUGGAAAUGCAUGUGAUGAAAGCAUCCAAAACAGAUUUGGCUGUGAGGAUUUAUUAGCUUCUUCGAUUUUCUACCUCCAACAGCUUCUUGGCAUCAAUUGCAGAGUGCUCCCAUCAGUUGUCUCUGCACUUUGUCUCCUUUUCUAUGCCACCGAUUUUGCAGAAUCCAGAUCAGCUAUCUUCCAUAGUAGUGAGACUCUUGUGGCAUCACUGUGCUCAAAGAUACGUUGUCCUGCUGAAGCAAAUCCUGCAUGGCGAUGGUCAUUUUACCAGCCAUGGAAGGAUCGUUCAUUGGAACUCUCUGAGUUACAGAAGAUGGAGGAACAACAUACUUGUCAAACUCUUUUAGUCAGUUUUGCAAAUAUGCUUAGAAAUAAAUCAUUAGAUUUGCAGGUUUUAUCACCUCUAGAUUUGGAGAGAUGUGGUGUAUAUGAGUGGGAAAAAGGUAUUAUAGGGACUUGUAGUGUAAAUUCCGACGUCGAAUGAAGAGAGAUUAUGGGUUCAAAUUUUGUCCGGAAAGGUAGUGUAAAGUAUUAACUGAAUUUUUGUAUACUUUCUAUGUACUUAGAGGA